CUUACUUAAAUAACAGAAGAAUACUAUAAGAAAUGUUUUUGUGGCAGUUUCACGUAGUGGUGUUAAGAUUACAUUUAUGUAUAUUAGCGGAGUGGUUAUCAGAACGACUACGAAAACAUAGUUUUGACAUCUGUAAAGAUCAGUUCUCAAACAAAACAUGCCUUGUUUUUGUUAAAAGUCAAGCUUUUAUUAAAAUGGAUCGCUUAACAAUCACACAACGCGUCAAAACUGCGAAUGUCUAUUUCAAACGUGGCCAUGUUUCGGCGAUUAUUGUAAGACUCGAGGGAUAUCUAAAUAGGCAAAAUUGUAACACUUGUAGCUUCGAGAAUCCUGAAAUAAUUGAAGACAGGUUUCAAUUAAAAUGACAGCGACGCCAAUUUGUAGCCACUUAAGCGAUUAUCGGUUUAUUUUACCUGCGAAUGAAAAACACGAUUUGGUUAAUAUGGUGUCACAUGCGUUGGACUUUUAUGUGGAACUGCGCGAAAAACCGUGUUAAUGCGGAUAAGCCUUUAACUCUCCAGCACUUGAAAACCAACAGCACUUGAAAACCAACAGUUUGCAAAAAAUGGUGAGGCUAUCACUUGUAUGAUGUAGUGUUACUUUAAUACCAACUGUAUAUUAAAAGAGUAAUUUCAAAGAGGUAAAGUAAUUAUUUCACUGUCCCAUUUGUAUGCCAAUAGCGAGAAAUGGGAGACAACAAAAUACACUGGCUGUGCAGGACACGGUGCUUUGCAAAAUAAAAAAUUAAGCUAUAGCAUUAAAUCGGCGCAAAUCGAACUGAAUAUCACAAA